AUGAAUUUCAAACGACCUUUAUCUCUUUCACCAAUUCAUCAUCGAUUCAAUAAAACUCACAUAGAAUUCAAUAAAAACAAGUGCUGCCAAGUAUGUGGCGACAAAGCAAAUAUUUUUAAUUAUGGAGCUUUAUCAUGUGCAUCGUGUAAAACAUUUUUUCGCCGUCAUGGUUUUCAUCCUGAAGAUAUUCCUCAAUGUGAUUUUUAUGGAAAUUGUGAAAUUACAAUACAAUCAAGAAGAAUGUGUACAGCAUGUCGAUUUUCUAAAUGUCUUGCAAUUGGAAUGAGUCCAGAUCUUAUUCGCAAAGAAGACUUUACUGGAAAAAGUCGUUCAUUAAUAAAACCCAAACAACAGUACUUGUGUUUAUCAAAAUUAGGCACAUCUAACACUAUAUUCUCUACAAUGAAUCUUCUUUCUCGUGAUAUUUCUUCUCUUAGUCCAGACAAUUGGAUAUUACUUUCAAAUCUUGUCCAUGCAUUUGAUUCAUUUGCUCCUUCAUAUGAAGUAAAACGUAUGAUUAAAUUUCUUACUACAACAUCAGUAGAUAUACAAUAUAAAUUACAACAAUCAUUAAAUAUUGUCAGUAUGAUUUGUCAAUCAAUUCAAUCAUCUAUUAAUUCAACAGCUGAUUUUCGAAUAAUGACAACUGAAGAACAAUGUUCUCUUGUUCAACGUAAUACGCUUGGUAUUUGGGCAUUUUAUUCUAUGGUUAUAUUAUAUCAUUGUGAUAUGUUUGAUAAUAUAUCAAGUAAAAGUAUUAUGAAUCCAUUAUAUAAACUUGAUGAUGUUGAAUAUACAAGAUCACUUACAAUGCGACUUGAUCCUGAUCCAACACUUGUUAAACUUAUAAUUAUGGUUUUAAGUUUUUCAUCAAAUUGUUUUACUAUACAUGCAGAUCAAAAUAUGCAACGAGAUAGUCUAUUAAUGGGUACAUUUCGUUUACUUGGAAGUCAAAAUGCAUAUGUUGAAAUCAUGUGGAAAUAUAUGUUAUAUCGAUAUGGAUAUUUUGAAUCUGCAAAACGUUUUUGUGAACUUAUUAAAAUUAUGCUUGAUGAAAUAAAUAUGGCAUCAAAUAUUUAUGAUAAUAAUAAAAUUCAUCAGAAUUUAGCAAAUCAAAUUAUUGAAGGAACGAAACGUUCAUUAACAUUUGAUGGUAGUGAAAACAUUCCACUAUGGGGUAAAAAUGAAAUUUGA